GGCGCGUGCGGGGCAGGGUCCGCGCGGGCCGGGGGCGGCGGGCUUGCCUGGGUGGCCUGGUCCGUGGGCCCCGCGAUGGCGACCUACACGUGCAUCACCUGCCGGGUGGCGUUCGGCGACGCGGAGGUGCAGCGGGCGCACUACAAGAGCGACUGGCACCGCUACAACCUGAAGCGCAAGGUGGCGGCCAUGGGCCCGGUGAGCGCCGAGGGCUUCCAGGAGCGCGUGCGGGCGCAGCGGGCCGUGGCGGAGCCGGAGAGCAAGGGCGCGGCCACCUACUGCGCCGUGUGCGGCAAGAGGUUCGCGUCCUUCAACGCCUACGAGAACCACCUGCAGUCGCGGCGGCACGCGGAGCUGGAGAGGGCGGCGGUGCGCGCCGUGAGCCGGCAGGUGCAGCUGAGGAACGCCAAGAACCUGGAGAAGGGGCUGGGCGCGGACGGCGUGGACAAGGACGCCCUGAACGCCGCCAUCCAGCAGGCCAUCAAGGCCCGGCCGGCCGCGUCCCCCGCCAAGGCCCCCGCGGCGCCCGCGCAGCCGCCCCGGAGCCCCGCGCCCGCGGCCCCCGACAGGCCCCCGCGCCUCCAGUGGUUCGAGCAGCGGGCGAGGAGGCUGGCGAGGCGGCGGCCGGCGGAGGGGCACCCGGACGGGCACCCGGACGGGCACCCGGAGGAGGACGACGACGAUUGGGAAGAUAUUGAUUCUGAUGAAGAGUUGGAAUGUGAGGAUGCUGACGCCGUGGAUGACGUGGAGGAGCAGGACGUAGAGGAGGAGGAGGCUGCGGGAGGCCCCCUCAUUGGUGCCAUCCCCAUAACAGACUGCUUAUUUUGUCCCCAUCACUCAAGCUCUCUGAUGAAGAAUGUGGCUCAUAUGACUAAAGUCCACAGCUUCUUUAUUCCCGAUAUAGAAUAUCUUUCAGAUCUUAAGGGACUGAUUAAAUAUCUGGGAGAGAAAGUUGGUGUUGGGAAGAUUUGCUUGUGGUGCAAUGAGAAGGGGAAAUCCUUCUACUCCACGGAAGCUGUACAGGCACACAUGAAUGACAAAAGCCACUGUAAGCUCUUCACAGAUGGCAAUGCUGCUUUGGAAUUUGCAGACUUCUAUGAUUUUAGGAGUAGCUAUCCGGAUUACAAGGAAGGGGACCACCCUGAUGAGACUGAGGAAUUGCCUUCAGAAAAGACAGUAGAAUAUGAUGAUGAAACCAUGGAGUUGAUUCUACCUUCUGGUGCCAGAGUGGGUCACCGCUCCUUGAUGAGAUACUACAAACAGCGAUUUGGCUUGUCACGGGCUGUGGCAGUUGCUAAGAAUCAGAAGGCCGUGGGCCGGAUACUGCAGCAGUACAGAGCCCUGGGAUGGACCGGCAGCACAGGAGCAGCUCUUCUGCAUGAGCGGGACAUGCAGUACGUCCAGAGGAUGAAAUCGAAGUGGAUGCUGAAGACCGGAAUGAAGAACAAUGCCACCAAGCAGAUGCACUUCAGGCCCCAAGUGAGGUUCUGAGGGUCCCCGAGGAUUGAGUGGUGUGUGUCCUGCGCAGGUGCGCUUCCUGAGGCCCGGACACAGCCGGAUUAGAUGACAGGCCCUUUUUGCUGCUACUUGUCCCUGUUCUUUAUCUGUUCUUACCUAAGAAUAAAAGUCAGAAUCCUGUCGGC